AGAGAGAGAGAGAGAGAGAGAGAGAGAAUGGAAACGGGGCGUGGGGAUGAGGUAAAGCUGAUCGGCAUGUGGGCGAGCCCCUUCGCGCUUCGAGUGAAGGCAGCACUCAAGCUCAAGGGCAUUUCCUACGAGUACAUAGAAGAGAAUAUCCCCUUCAGCAAGAGCCAGCUCCUCCUCGACUCCAACCCCGUCCACAAGAAGGUCCCCGUUCUCCUCCACAAUGGCAAGCCCAUCUGCGAGUCGCUCAUCAUCGUAGAGUAUAUAGACGAGGUGUGGGCGUCGGCCGGAGCACCGGCCAUCCUUCCUUCCGAUCCUUACGAUCGAGCCACCGCCCGCUUCUGGGCUGCUUACGUUGAUGAAAAGAUUUUUGCAUCAAUGAAAGGGGCCUUGAUGGCAGAAAGUGAUGAGAAACGAAAGGCUCUUGUGGUGAGUACACUUGUUGGGCUAGGGUCGAUGGAGGGAGCCUUGGACAAGCGCAGCAAGGGAGGGAGGUUCUUCGGAGGCGAGUCCAUCGGCUUCUUGGACUUGGCACUAGGGAGCCUUGUGGGUUGGCUGAGGGUGAUGGGAAAGGCUUGUGGAAUGAACUUCCUGGAUCCAGACAGGACCCCCAGGUUGGCUGGGUGGGCUGAGUCCUUUUGCGAAACCGACCCCAUCAAGGAUGUAUUUCCUGAUACCCACAAGUUGGUGGAGUUCAGCAAGACUCUUCAAGCCGCCAUGGAAGCUGCUUCUGCUGCUGCUGCCGCCACCGCUACCCCGGCCACCGCUUCAACCUCCUAGCUCUUGAGCUUGCAUGCCAACCAGCUCCAUCUAUACCACUUCAUGUUGACCUCUACCCAGCACCGUUCUAUUCCCUUAACAGUUGUCUCUUGGUUUGCCUGUGAUUAUGCAUGUUCAUUUGCUUGGACCCAUUAUUAUUUAGAUUGAUAAGUAAUUGUUUCCUUGGAUCUGUUGUAACAUUAAGUAAUUCUAGGAAAGCUAGC